AACAUAGUCAAACUGUCAAUCAAAAUGUCAGUCCAGUCCUCCCAUCCGCUCAGAGAAAAGCAGCUUUUUWGUCACUGAGUAACUUGUGCAACUCUUUCAAAAUUUCUCGGACGAAAAACCGGAGUUAAGAGAGCCGAAUUCGGUUUCUGUUGACCUGUAUUAUGACGUCUAUGUUGCCAUUCACCUCGCCAGUGGUCAAACGUUUGCUCGGAUGGAAGAGAGGUGGCGAUGAGGACGACAAAUGGGCAGAAAAGGCAGUGAAGAGUUUAGUCAAGAAACUGAAGAAGAGUGGCGGGCUUGAGGAACUAGAAAAGGCUAUAGCUAACCCUGGCGUACGCACAAGAUGUGUCACUAUUCCUCGAAGUUUAGAUGGACGACUUCAGGUUUCGCAUCGCAAGGGGCUACCACAUGUAAUCUACUGCAGGCUCUGGAGAUGGCCAGAUCUCCAAAGCCACCACGAACUGCGUCCCAUCGACGAUUGCGAUUACGCUUUUAACUUAAAGAAAGAGGAGGUUUGUGUAAAUCCUUCACACUAUCAAAGAGUCGAGACUCCAGUGUUACCUCCUGUCCUGGUACCACGUCAACCUGCRGAUGCUCCACAUGAACUUCCUCCUCUACCUGGUUACACAAGACCAGAAAAUAUGUCAUUCCCUACACAGGAACCAACUAAUAGCAAUUUCCCACUCCCAGAAACUCCUACGGGGUACAUAUCUGAAGAUGCCCUCUCUGACAUGUCAGGGGACCAACAACAAAAUAUGCAAACAGAUCAACAAUUAUCACCAGCUCCUGAAGCACCUUUAAUUGGUGACGCACAGCCCAUUCAGUACAUCGAACCAACAUACUGGUGCUCUAUAACAUACUAUGAAAUGAAYACGAGAGUAGGAGAGAUAUUCCAUGCCUCACAACCGAGCCUAACAGUCGAUGGUUUCACAGACCCAUCAAGCUCAGAUAGAUUCUGUCUUGGUUUGUUAUCUAACAUCAAUCGAAAUCCGCCAAUUGAAAUGACAAGAAAGCAUAUUGGCAAAGGUGUCCGUCUGUAUUACAUCGGUGGAGAGGUUUUUGCCGAGUGUCUGAGUGACAGYAGCAUCUUUGUUCAAAGUCCAAACUGUAACCAGCGCUAUAACUGGCAUCCAGCAACGGUCUGCAAGAUUCCCCCAAAUUGCAAUCUCAAAAUUUUCAACAACCAAGAGUUUGCGCAGYUGCUUUCGCAGUCUGUCAAUCAAGGGUUUGAAGCUGUUUAUGCGCUGACUAGAAUGUGCACUAUUCGAAUGUCAUUUGUUAAAGGCUGGGGAGCGGAGUAUCGUCGGCAAACAGUUACCAGCACGCCAUGUUGGAUAGAACUUCAUCUUAACGGCCCUCUGCAAUGGCUAGAUAAAGUGCUAACUCAGAUGGGACCCCCAUCAGCACCUUGUACGUCGAUGUCUUGAUUCGUAUAUAGAGGUGACAAUGUACAAAUAGAUGUUUCUUGAUAUAUAGAUAGUAGUUUUAUGCAUUUCAAAAGCCAUUGUAUUAUAGUAAUAAUAUGCCAUUGUUGACCAGCCCUGUUAGUAUUGAAAAAAUGCCAAUGGUCAAGAUAUUGAAAUAUAAUUUGGAGGAUCAUUCUACUUGUGGGUGCAGUAUAGCAGGCAACCUGUGCCCAAUGUUUUAUACAGAGCUGGAGACAUCCUAGAUUCAGAAAUACCUUGUACAGAGAUAAAAGUAUUUCAAUGUCAGUACUUCAGAGUUUUGUUUCUGUUCAAAAUCCCAUGUUGUWUCAGAUAAUUGUAUUACAUGUACAAGAAGUGUUUGCUUAAUUCUCACAAUAGAAGAGAGGACUGUAUUAUUAUAGCAAGCAGAUUUCUUUCUCAAUAAUCAAAAUGUAUUUUUAUUUUUCAUGGGAACUGACAAUCAAAAUAUAGAAAGCAGUUCUGUGAUAGGAAAUUCUAUUACACUGAGGAUUAAGGGGCAGACAGAAAUAUCACUCUUUAGCAAGUAAAGAAAAACAACUUAUAUACUGGCAAACUUAUAUACUCCAACUUCAAGGUAGCUCCCUAAAAGAGAACAGAUAGUCAUGGUGAUAUGAAGAGGUGUUCAUAUUUAAUGAGAGCACAUUCUUUGACUGCCUCUUUUUUUAAUUUGUACCAUAAUAUUAUUGCUGCAUUUGAGAUAAUUAUGAUAAUAACCAAAAAGGGCUAUCUGAGGGCAUUGGCAAAACAUAUUUUAUUUUUUAGAUCUUUUAUAACACAUUAAACAUAUAUGGAUCGAUAUCCAUUGCUCUUAUACAAGAUGGUAUGAUGGUAGGAGUUUUACCAGCAGUCUUUUAUCUACUUUUCCAUCCCCCCUCAUUCCAUCUUGUAUASAGAUGCUGUAAUUCAGUGUUCUAAGUUUGAAACUUAUUAUAAAAAAAAGUGACUGUUACAUUGGACAUCAGAGUUUUUGAGGGAAUUCUUCGCUCAUUCAAAACUUUGCACAUUAUUUGUAGAAAUAUGUACAUCAAGUUUACUACUUCGGAGUAAGAUAUGAGGCAAUAAAGUUUGCCAAGUGUUAUCGUUCUACCCAGGGUCUUCUCGGUCUUGCAUCAACUGAAGGAUAUUGGUUUGACGGAGCCGAGGAUAUCCUGUGCAUAUUUGAAUAUAUUAAAGGAUAUGUUUUUAUCUAAUGUACAAAUCUGUUCACUUUUCAAAAUGUAUUUCAAGUUUCCUCGUGCCAAGCAUUUAUGAAAAGUUUAGUUUUUUAAACGUCCAAUAAAAGCGCUUUAAUAUUAGAUGUUACCAUGGUAACUGUAGUCAUGGCAACAGUUGUGUCAAGAAAUACAUUACUAAUAUGUAAGGUGUCGAAUAAUAAUAUAAUAAAACCUAUUGAUAUCAAUGA